AUGCGCUGUCGUGGUGGUUGUCGUAGCUGUGGUAGUGGUAGUGGUAGUAACAGUUGUAGUGGUUGUCGUUGUAGUUGUCGUUGUGGUCGUCGUCGUGGUAGUUUUUGUAGUAGUUGCAGUUGUGGUUGUCGUCGUCGUCGUGGUAGUGCUAGUAGUACUAGUACUAGUUGUGCUAGUGCUAGUUGUGCUGGUGGUUGUGGUUACGGUAGUAGUGGUGGCCUUUGCUAG